AUGCCACGAAAGGAGAACACCAAAGCGAAAACAUGGGAGCGAGAUCGAAGAAAACGUAUGAAUGCGUACUUCAAGACAUUGGCGGAUCUUCUGCCGCCGCAUCAGGAAGGUCGCAAACGCAACAAAGUCGACAUCCUGAUCCACGCCUCAAAGUACAUAAAGGACCUCCAUAGUCGCACCGAGGAGUUAUUCUCCACUCACGCUUCCGAGGCACACAAGGAAGAAUUGGCUCGUUUGAAAAAACUCGUGACACAGCUGAUGUCUCGCACUCAGUUACUGUCGACUCUUCUUAAGGAGGCAGGAAUUUCUGUACCAGCCGAACCGGCUCUCGAAAAAAUAUCUCCUUUGAAAUGGUCGAACAAAAUUAAUGUCGACGAUGUGGACAAGUAUUUUGAUAAGAUCGAAGAAAAGAAAACUGUAGAGAAGAAAAAGAAGGAGAAAUCCACAGAGAAUAAAGUGCCUUCUAAGAGAAAAUCAGCAACACCGUCGGCUUCAAAAAAGCUGUCCGAGGACACUGCCGCCGCGAAGAACGUCCAUAAUUCGAUAGAGAAUCAGGAGAAUCGAGUGAACUGUGUCAAUAGCAAAAACUUUAAUUCCGACAGUACAAGUAGCCCAGCUGAAUCGAAGGAAGCGGAGCGUUGUCAAAAUGAUUCUACCAAUGAGACGACUGCGACAGGGACAACCAAAACGAAAAAGAAGAUCUCGAACAAAAAAGUUGAAUCCCAAAAGUCAUUGAAGAAGAAACGCAAACGCAAGGAUGAAAAGAAUUCGACGUUGUCGCCUGUGGCGAACACCGUUACUAAUUUAACUCCUAAUGCCCUCAUUUUGUCCGGUGGAAAGCUGAUGCCCCUCGUAGCUCCGAUGACGUCAAACAUCAUCGUAAAUACGCAGCAAGCGUCGACAAACCCGAUAAUCCUUGGUAAUACACAACAAAAUCAAAUGAUUGUGAUGCAGCCCUUGGCAAAUCGCGUUCAGAACUCCGUCGUUUCUAUAUGCAAUCACGCUCUAAUUAACACUGUGCAAAAGGUUACUCUGAAUACCGUACCGAGUAUUCAGACGAAUAUGGUUGUCGAUUCUCACAAUUGGGCGUCCAAUGUGAAGAAUAUAAUUAAUGCCACGAAGAUUGGUGGACACAAGGGUAUCUUGCCGAAAGGUAAAGAAAUCACAAAGACGACUAUGGCUUACAAAGUGCCUAUUCCAGCGAUACACAAGGAUAAAGUGGAGAAGCCUAAGGAUGGCGCGGGCAAGAAGGAAUCGGAAGUGAAAGCGAAGGGUAACAAGAAUCAUCCCAAGAGCCACAAAAGCAUCCAAAGUACGCCGGAAACAGCCGAAGAGUUAAAUGUCGAGAAGAAGUCGCCGAAGGAUUCCAUUAAAACUCAAGAGGACCCAAGUGCUCCGCGAAAAGGCGCGUUUAAACGCGGCUUAUCUGUGGAAUCUGAUUCUGCGGACGAACCGGAGGACAAGAAACGGAAAGACGCUAACGGUGAAGCGAAAUCCGCUCAGCCGAUUGCUGCGAAAGCGACGGAUUUCACCGCCACUUGCAAAUCUAUCGUAAGUUUGAAACACGUUAUAGAGAAAAUAGGGGAAAACAUCCGAGACGAGCAUGCAACUGUCAGCAACGAAAAGGAAUCUGUCGUCACGAAAUCAAAUAACAUUACUCAAGUUACUCAAGCAACAAACGAUACUGAUCGCGAAGAAACAUCCAUGACGAGCAAAUUGAUGGACAUCACGGACACGAAUUGCUUCGAUGUGAACAAGAAAACGACCGAGGAUGCUGUCACAUCGCAAGCCGUUGCUUCGGAUAAGUUUUCCGGUGAAUCGCACGAAACAAAUGCACCUGAACAAUCUUCCAAUGAAUUCAAUAUAUCAAUAGACAGCAUAACAGAAAAAAGUAGCACAAACAUGGAGCACUUGGAUGCAAAAUCGACUUUGACAGAUGUCGAAGUAGCGGAGAAGGCUGCUGGUUCGGACGGGCCAAAGAAAACUUGCAAUCUGGGUACGCGUUUUGACAGUCUUCUACGCGUGGCGACGGCUAAGGAGCAACAACGAGUCAACGAUGCGGAAAGCAACAAGAUUAUUCUAAAUUUGGAUACAAACACUACAACAACAAUGAAGUCUGAUGCAAACAUUGUCGAUGUUGCGACAUCGGUAUCAGUAUCAUCCUCGUCAUCAUCGACGUCGUCAUCGUCGUCACCACUAAUAACUAAUGUGGUCAACGACGAGGCUAAAUUGACAAAGACUUCGAAGGAUGAAAUAUCCAAGUUACCGUACUCCAAUGAGAACACAUUCGUACCAAUCAGCAACAGAACGGACGGGCUACACUCGGAUUUGUCCAAUGACAUAUUCGCUUCCCUGAACGUUCCCUCUAGUUCGCAUAAUCCGGAAUCGAUAUCACCCACAGCGGCGUUCUUGAUGGCUUUUCCGCUGGUGUCGUCCUUGAACGGCAAAACUGAGGUUCUGGACGAGGAGAUGAAAGAUGACUUCAAAUAUCAUAGUCAGACUCCGCCGAUGCUGUUGCAGAUCGGCACCAUGGAGCCAAAUAGUUUUAAGAUCAAAACUUCCUCGACGUCGCACGCGAUUGCGGAGAAGCGUCUGAAAACAUCCUACGAGGAAAAGCAAAGUGCGUCCACGAAUGUAAACACGAACACUGAUGUAAUCGUACCUGUGGAAUGUGCAACGACGAAAUCGUUGCCAAAGGUAGUAAAUGAGGAAACGCUGCGGGAGCCGUACAAGAUAGUUCAGACUGUUCUGACACCGAGCUUGGAGAAAUCGGUGACUACCAGCGUGUUUACCUCUCAGACUUCCGUCAAUUUCUCCGCCGUAGACUCGUCGUGUAUCAUAGGCAAUUCCUCGAGUCUGGCAACGAAUCAAAGUCGUUCGGGUCAAUUGAGGACGACGAACACGCUGAACAGUGUUAACGUAAUCGCGUCUCAAGCAUCGGUAAAUAUCUCCGUGUCUACUGACAAAAACGAUAUCGCGGAUUGUACGUCGUCCCAAGUGGCAACGAGCCGCAAUCCCGACAUGGUGUAUUCCGGAUCGCAGGAGUUCUUACCCAGCUACUCGUCGAUAGUGGGCAAUAGUCUUGUCUCGUUGCAACAUACUCAUACAUCUAACUCGUCUAUGUUCAAAAAUACUAUCGCGACGACACAGGAAUCGAAUUCCACAGUUGGUCCGCGCACAGUCAAUAAUAUCAAUGGCUCCCAGAAUCUGUUGAGCACUCGUCUCGAGAACGCGACAGUGACCACGAAUUCCUCGUCCGGAACCUUGCGACCCCUCCAAACGGAUUAUUCGACUCAAACGAAGAACAAAAGCUCGCAGAGUUCAUCACAUGCGAUCUAUCCGUCGCACAAAGAUACGCUCCUAGAUUCUACUGGCAUCGUUUCCGAUCAUCAUGUCGAUUACGCGAAUCAGAUGGAGCGAGGUCUUCCAGUGACAUCCCAGAGCAUGCAGAGCUACUCUGUGUCAACUAAGGAGUCCUCUCUUCCGAUCCUGCCCUCUCAAGAUAUGCAACAUAUGUACAGUCAGAAUAAGGAGAAUCAUGUUCUUUUAGAUUUGAAUGGUUCUCAGCAAACGUUUGCCGUUCAGAAAAAGCAGGAACACAUUAUUGCCAGCUCUUACAUUGGAAAUCAAGCGAAAGCGAUGUCGCAGAAGGAUUCGAUAUCGUUUACAAGCGACAAUGAGACCGCGAGUACGACAUCGCGAAAUCAGGAAUAUGUCACGAAGACUGCAAAUCAGAGUUCCUCGGAAAACACUUUCCAGCGAAACUAUUCCAAACUAAACAAGAGCACAGACACACUAAACAGUCCGAAUCAGAUAAAUCAAGAGACGAAGUUGAACAAUGUGCUCGUCUCUAAGACGCAAGAACAGCAGCAUAAUCACAUACGCGAUUCGGCCUACGUUGCCGCAAAAAAACUGGAUGUAGAUCCAUUUGUUCAGUCGUAUCAGUACGAUGUCAAGGAAGCGAUGAGCAAUCCGAGCGAGCGGACAAACGUGCUGAACGCGAAUACCGAUGCGAAUACGCACAACAGUUACGUUACAUAUCCUAGUAAGGGCGACAAAAAGAACGCCGCCAUCUCGACUGUUGCCAUGACCAACAAUAAGUCAGCAGCAGUGCAACAGAGUGCCGACGUUGCACGAUAUUCGCAACAAACGUCAUCGUUUAUCGUUACAUCUAACUACGAGCAAAGCACGAUGACGGAGAAUCAUGCCAAGUCCACGACCACUGUCGCCCAUAACUCGUCCAAUUUCAGUAUCCUCUCGUGGACGACAUUUUCGCCGGUUAGUAGUGGCAGCGGUGGCAAUGGUAAUAACAAUCUGGUACACUACGAUCAGGGACAGCCACAUCCGAACGAUAAUACCGAGGCAAAGACUAUCUGCGAGAAUUAUAAUUAUAUACCAUUGCACAAGGACAACUCGAGUUUCCCUAAUCAAGUGUUGAUAGGUGACAAUUAUUCGAGUAGCUCAACCAUGUCGACUGGGAUCGACAAGUCGCGACAAGGAAAGAUCGAGUCGCAAAAGCAAUCCUUCGUCGAUUCCUCCAAGACCAGGAACGAUCCGUCGAAGCAGAAUCGCAUGCAAAGCCAGCAAACCGGUAACGACUACAAGUUUCCCGAUGGUGGUAAAAGCAAGAACAAGUACGGCAUGGAUUCGGACUACAUGCAGAACGAAUACAGCACAACUAUGGAUCCACAGCAGCACUCUCAGCAACACGGUCAGAAGAAUCAUCAAAACCUGUCAUCUAAGCAGGAAAAAACUGUAUACACGUAUGAACCACAGAUUAAUUUUGACUUGGCGGAGAGUAACGUGCAGAUGAAAUAUUCGAUUGAAGCUUACACUGGCGUAAACUUCAAGUACGCGGAGAAGACGUCGCAACAGCCAAGUCAGCACAAAUAUCAGGUUCUUCCUCAAAGUCAGAUUUCUCUACACGACAGCGGUAGUUACAGCAGCGAUGUGAAGCAACAACAGCAACAGCAACCGCAGCAAUCUCAUAGUAGCAAUAACAAUAGUAACAACAAUAAGGCCAAGAGUAAUCAACAUCAGCAACACGCGAUUAAAGCACCAGUCAAUUGGAUGAUGACACCGGAGAUUAAGCACGCCGAACUUGCUCUACCAAUGGUUAAGGAACUGGAGUUCUGUCAAAACAAUCUGUUUACGCAGACACCCGCAUACAAUCAGAGCACUCCGAAUCAAUUUUAUAAUAAUUAUGAUGUAUCUGCUGCUCACAGUUUUCCAAAUCUACCGGUUCUUCAAAGCGAUCCGAAAAGGCCGGCGGAGACCUUCUAUUCUGAGGAGCAGCCGUUUCCGUGGUCGCCAACGAAAAACAAUGUACAUAAUAGUGUUGAGCACGCAAUCGGUCAGUCAUCGGUUAAAUGUAUCGAGCAACACAUUGUGCCGUCGAGUUUACAGAGUUUGGUAAGCGAUCUCGAUCUCAGCACCAAUCUGGAGAAGCAGAACUUCCUGUUUGGUGCUCCAACCUCGAGGAUUUCGACGGAGCAAAACAAGGAUGGAUCCAUAAAGGAGAAAGAGACGAAUAACGUAUCGGGACGGGAUCUGCACGCGAUAUUGAACACUCAGAACACGCAACAUCCGGCUUCCACCUUCUUAUCUGUGAGUCAGCUGGUAGAGCAUGAGAAGGAGAAGAGCCAUCAGCAACAGACGCAUCAACAGCAUCAACAUCAUCAGCAUCACCAUCCGCAUCAGCAUCAGCAUUCGCAACAGCAACAACAUCAACAGCAACAACAGCAGGCUAGGAAACAUCAAAGGAAGAGUAAUGCAAGUCCUAGAACAAACAGCAAGCGGCAAAUAGAUAUUCGUAAAUCUACAACGACCAAUGACAACAAUCUGCAUCAACGACACGAGGAACAAAAGUCGUCUGGACACGUGUUCACGGAACAAGGAUACCAACAACCGCAGCAGCAACAACAACAAAAGUAUCAACAAAAUAAUAUCCACUGGAGAAGCAGAAACUGCAAAAGCAACUACACUGCGGAGGCGUUGAUUGGCACCAGCAUUCAUGAUACUGGCAGUCACCAAGAUAAGCAUGCCUCGAUCAAGUUUACGAACUAUCCACAGAACAAAUUCCAGAGCGGUUUGUCUGCGGAUGCUGCGGUGAUGCCCAUCAAUUACUUCUCUAGCGCGCCACCACCGGACGACGGCACCGUGACCGGGUACGGUCAAUCGGUGGUCAAUCAGAAUUUCAACACGUAUGCAUACCCGUCCAAUUCUGCCAAUUCUAUUUAUCCUACCAGCAACUUUAUUACCAGCAUCUCCAACACGCCCAAUAGCUAUAUGGCUAUGCCGUUGCACGAGAACGCUGCCGAUUAUGUGCAGGAAACCAACAGCUUUCUGUUGCCAAAUGUGGCUGGAACGAGUAGCUCGUCGAGUGCUAGCACCGCAAAUACGUCUACUGCGAACACGAGUUCCACCACGGCUGGAAACGCCAAUGGAAAUGGAAAGAAUCAUCAGCAUUAUGGGAAGCAUUCCAAUUGUGACAAACGUUCAUAUUCUACUGUUACAAAGAAAGGCAAGCGGAAGACUCUCGAGAGUGGCCCCAUGCAGAACUUGGAGUUUUCGUUAUCCGGUAUCAACUCUCCACUGGAGGAUUAUCAUCACUCGACGUCGUUCCUGGCGCCGCCGCCGCCCCCGCCUCCAGCACCACCGCCACCACCACCGCCACCGCAUGCCAAUCCUCUCUACCAGAAUCAUCCGCAAACGAAUGUCUACGCCAAGACUGUCAACAGUCUUCCACCGCCCCCGCCUUCAGCCAUGGCGAGCGCUCAAGGUGUCGCGACCGUAGGAGCGGCCGGUUUCUCCAUGAACUCCAACAUGGUCCGCGGAGGAAUUGUCUCGAGCAAUCCAAUGGCUAUGCCGCAUCAUCCUUCAGGCACCAGUCUCACUAACUUCAACCUAAGUACUAUAUUUCCUGAAAUGAAUGACAAGGUCACCGGAUACAAAUCCUCGAACGGUAUACCACCCGGCCUAUCGCAAACAUCCAAUCAGUCCGCGACCUAUGCGCAACGAAGUAAUUAUCCGUCGAACUCUCUGUGCCACUUGCCACAGGUUUCGGAAGGCACGCAAUUCAUUAAUAGCGUUCCGUCGCUUCCCGUACCUCCCGCUCCUCCUCCUGCUACCCCAUCCCUUUCACACGGAAUAAUCCAUUAUAAAAAUCUAUGAUAAGGUUUCAUAGUUUGUGAUACGAUCCAUCAUUUGUACAUAUGUAAAUACUAUGUAUCAUUCAUUAAAUUAAAAGACGUUGAUACAAAAAAUGUACAUUUAAUUUAUGUUCGCGCGUUAUUUAAAUGUCGAAUUAUAAAAUAAUGGUUUGUUAAAUUAUAAUGAUUGAAUAAUGACUUUAUUUCAUUAGAUUAAAAAGAAUUGUACCUCAAA